AUGGCUGCACUUUCGAGCUCUGCCGGGGCGUCGAGCCCCGACCCGUUGAGCAAGCUCCACACCGAUGCUGGCUCUCUGCUCCACGAAGCCGAAUCGAAGCCCGAGUUCAAGCACGAGCAGGAUGAGGCCAAGCAGCGACGGAUGGCGAACCUGAUCGGGGACCAGAUGUCCGCACCCAUGACCAUCAACGAAAUCAAAGUCCACGGAGCCACCAACACCCGCACCACCUUCCUCGAGCCCAUCUUCCGCCCUCUCGUUGGCGAUGCCCAAAACUCUGGAUCUACCAUCGGCGAUGUGAUAGGGAAGCUGCGCGUCGCGAGCGCAAAGCUCGAUGGACUUCAAAUCUACAGCCCACAGCCUGAGCUCUUUCUCACAUCAGCUCAGCAAACUGAUCCCUCUACCUCCCCCAACGAUGUGAACGUCGACAUUCGCGUGCGAGAACUCUCCCGAUUCAAGCUCCAGACCGGUACCGAUGUCGGCAAUGGCGAGGGGUCCGCAUACGGUUCCCUCCUCUGGCGGAACAUGUUUGGUGGUGCUGAGAUGCUCACGCUCAAUGCAAAGGCUGGCACACGCACUCGAUCUGCGUACAGCGCUAACCUCAGCGCCCCGGUCAUGAGCAACCCGGACCUGAGGAUAUCGCUCGAGGGUUUGGCCUCGGCCGCUGAGAAGCCUUGGGCUUCGCAUGAGGAGGUGCUCAAGGGCGGUUCGGUUCGGUUCUCAUGGCUUAACGACAAGCGAGACACUCAUGCGGUGGAAUACUCUAGUGUAUGGCGACAGAUCACCGGCCUAACUACGACUGCGAGCCCAACGGUGCGGGCCGACGCAGGAGACACCAUCAAGAACUCUGUCAAGCAUACCUUCUACCGAGAAAGACGGGACAACCCACAACUCCCGCAGAGUGGCUACAUGGUCCGUUCCGGUCUCGAAUUUGCUGGCGUAGGCCCUCUAGCUGGAGACGUCGCUUUCUCCAAGGGCGAGUUUGAGAUUGGAGGUGCCGUUCCCGUGCCGAUCCCUGGCUGCUCCCAUCGGACGGGUAUCUCGGUUGGCGGAGGGCUCAGGCUGGGAAUGCUGUGCCCGCUUCCACUUGGCUACGAAUAUGACGCCAAGAUCCGCCCCAGCCGUCUUAAUGACCGCUUCCAGCUUGGUGGACCGACCGAUGUGCGCGGCUUCAAACUCGGCGGCCUGGGCCCCCACGAUGGCCAGGACUCUGUCGGCGGCGACGUCUUUGCUGCUGGAAGCGUCAACAUGCUUCUCCCUGUGCCAUACAAGGGUCCCGACUCCGGCCUUCGGUUCCAGCUCUUUGCCAACGGCGGCCGCCUCGUGGCGCUCAAGAGCAAGAGCAAGCCGAUCCCUGAAGGCGGCGUCCAGGGGAUCGACGCCUCAGCCGUGCGGAACGGCAUGGUAAACGCGGUGGGCGAGCUCCUCAACGGCGUUCCUAGUAUGGCCGCAGGCGCUGGCCUGGUGUACGCGCAUCCUGUUGCGCGGUUCGAGCUGAACUUCAGCUUGCCCCUGGCCCUGCGGAGGGGCGAGGUGUCGACCAAGGGGCUGCAGGUCGGCGUGGGAAUUAACUUCUUGUAG